CAGACGUCGACGACGGAUGGUGGAGCUUCGAAGGAGACGAACAAAGGGGAUGCUUCGAAGCAGACGGAACAGGAAGGGAAGGUGAAGGAUGGAGCUUCGCAGGAGACGAAAGAGGGUGCUGAAGCUCCGAAGGAGACGGAAGGCGGUGCUGGAGCUCCGAAGUAGUCAUAGUACUAGAGAAUAGAGAUGAAUAGAAAGGGAAGAUGAGCUAACAUUUGAUUUUGGUUCUUUUACACCAAGAGAACCGGCAAAAACAGAAUCUUCUUGUCAUAGUAUGUCCAUGAUGUCCUUCUAAACCUGCUAUUAACCUUUCUUGACGAUGACACCGUAAAAUUUUUACGUACAACUAGCAAUAUUGAUUUCGACUACCCAGUAUGACUAUGAUCCUCCAAAAAAUAUGUUGAGAAGAGACGAAAACAUCACUCAUACACAAGCAGUUUACUCAUCGAUCUAAAACUAGGAACUAAUGAGUUGCAUCGCCCAUUGUUCCCAUGUCCCUCGUCUGACAGAAGAAGCAUUCUUGAACAGUGUCUGUUUCCAGGGAAGGACAAUGCCGAUGCCAGGAACCUCAAACUCCUUCCUCUUCCGGCAACAUAUUGUAUGAAAGUAGACGUAAAUCAUGUUAUUGUUAAUGUACGUACUAGGUUUAAGAGGAGGUACUGGAGACACCAUUAUAUGAACAGCUAUGCAAUUAUUGCAUUUGAGAUAGAAAAAGAGUUACUAUCUAUCUUCCCAAGAAGUUGUUCUGAACUCUUCUCAGAACUUAGAUAUUUCGACCCUGCCCACUUAACAAAUGACAAUCCACGCGACACACCCGAAACGAAUCCCAAUACUCCCAAGCGGGACCAAACGAGAACCGACGGGGGCGAACAACGUUGGCGACAGCGCGCAUAGCUCAGGGGUGCCACACACGCGACACACAAAGCCGCCGCACACCACCCCAGAGGAACAAGCUCCACCCACGCGACACCCGAGGGCUUUCGAAGCCCGCCGCAAAAGGCUGGCCACGCGCUUCAAAGCGAAAGCCGCCCGCGGAUCGACAGAGAAACGCGACGCCGGGGGGAAUCGCAAAAGAAGGGAGCGUGGCGCGAAGCUCUUGCUGCCUGACAGCUGCCCCCGCGCCUACCUCUGGCGGGUGUGAGGUACUGCGGGAGAACACAGAGAAACGGAAGACGCAGCAGGAUGCGCCCAGCCUGAGGGACCGGCUGCAGCUUUGUGGCACUCCUACCAGGACGCUGCGCGGCUACGCGCGCGCGGCUCCUUACCGGGUCUGGGCACGCAUAACACAGGCCACGGGGGCGCUGCGCUGGCAGUGGAGUGGGGGGAGCAGCCUACAAGAAGAGCCAAGGCCAGGCCCGCCCCCUCUUUUCUGGGCCCCUUCUGCUACCGCGGCUUCAGUUUUACCCGGGACCAUGUUGGCCUCUGUACUUCCAGGCCAGAAAAACACGGGACCCCGCCGGAAAAUACGGCCCCGGGAUAGUUGUGGAAGGCGUCAAGACUGGGCGCGGGUGUCCCCUUGCGCCUUUCUGAUUGUUCUCCAGUGGCCUCUUGCCCUCGGCUGACCCUCGGAGGCUGGAGGCCUCCGGGGCAAAAGGCCGCCGAAGGCGGCCAUGGUCUCAAGAGCAAGCAAGCUGACGACCAAGGGCCUGGAAUGUACAGGCUGCACGGCUCAGGGGGUCCAGCCCCUCGCCUUUUGCCGCCUACCUUCGGAGGCUUUCCACAGCCGGCGCGCUGCUGCGGCGGUGAGGCAUAUCGGAGGCAUAUAGGGCACGCCCAGGCUGCUGGAAGGGAGCGGAGACGGCCUCUUGGGCCUCUUUUGAAGCCUCCCCCUGCGUCGGAGGUCUGUAAGUAGGGCGGUACAGCCAGGCAGCUGGAAGGGAGCGGAGGAGGCCCCCGGGGGCCCCUUUUGAGGUCUUUCACCCCCGGCUCACGCCUUCAAAAGGGGUCGGGGGCUGCACGGUGCCCCCCCUGCGCCCUGCGCCUUGGAUCAUAUAUAACACAGGGGGCUUAGGUUUUCUGGUCCAUCCAUUUCUUCUGCUAGCUCAACAAAACGGUUGAAAUAUCAUCUCAGUCGGAAUAUCAGCUUCAUCUUCUUAGCAAUGUAUUACAACUAUACUGAACUCUAUCUACGACGUCGCCUUUCAUCUGGAACAGCAACGACAAAAAAACGCAUACUUUAUUAGGAUCUUCGAACAAGAAGCGCCAUCGUCAUGGCUGAUAGAUCAUUCUUCAACUGUUAAUUGUACAAAUUAUUCUUGAUGAAAGCACGGCGACGCAGAUGAACUAGUACGCUCAGCAUACAUCUCCAAGAAGAACGGAUUGAAAUCCGCGCUCGCAAUCGCAUCAAAUAUACAGAUCACUUCAGCGUUCAGCAUGAUAUUGAAAAUUACAUCGGAAAACAGGAAAAUGAUCUCGACCACUACAAGAACGAACAACUAGUACUAUGGGUGUGAUUGAAAACAAGUACUCACGCAGCAUCCGACUGGGGUUGUUGACACUCGUCUCUCGCAUGUUGUAGCCCUAGUACAACAAGUGAUGUCUAAGACGAGUAGACUACUCGUAGUAGUUGUGAACAAGAAUAACUCCCGGGCUGUGGAGCAGCGAAGUCGUAAUAUGGCAACAGCUGCUAUGCUGUCUGAAGCUCUUACUUUCUUAGAAAACUCAGCAGAAAUCGUCUUUCGACGUCGUUUUUUGCUGUGAUUCGAUUUUCUUGAAUGUCCAUUGAAGAGAUUGUGAGCGCCUCCUUGUGAUUGUCUCCUUAUGUCGUGAGAUGCAGAUAUGAUCAAUGACGAGGGUAGAGAGUAAAAAUGAAUUUUACUAUUAUAUGGGACGACGACGAGGAUGGUCGUGAUUCUUGAUCUCAGGGCCCUGGUCGUCGUUGACGAAGAACAUUUAGAGUCGAACAGUACUAGAGAUUGUGCUCGUUUCUUCUAAUAUAGGCAUAGACACUUCUCUACUUGAAGGCUUUCGCUUUUCUCUAAAUUGGAGUCCGCUUAUAAUCGAUGAAUACGAAGCGUACAUGAUCCAAAAAAAGGGAGAACAAACUAAGCAAAGUGGAGCAUCCCUGCCCUCCUGCCCUCCUGGUAGGAUUAUAGGAAAAACAAGUAUUAUUUUCAAGUAGAGCUAACAUCAAAUAAAAAGAACAUCAAAAAACAACGAACUAGAAGUAGAACUAUCUAUGUAUAAUGAUAUCAACACCACAGAAGAUUCUCUCUUACUCGUCUCAGCAUUCACAAGCAGUGGCCGACUCUUCGCAAGUAGUACACAUCAGGCAUCGACACUCUUCAGAACAUAAAAACUCAUCUCGUCGUACUUCAGACAUCAACACCUGUGCC